AGGCGCAUUGACGUAGUCGCGUACGAAUAUUUAGUCCAAACGAAUUGAAAUCGAAACGUAAAACAAGAAAAAAGGCGCAUCUGAAUAUCAAAAUACAUGCAACUCGAUCAACAGUUUGUCAAACAAAAAAAAGAAUUAUAUAUAUCUAACGAUAUUUUAGUGGGUGAUUUUGUGUGUGGUCUAUGUUUAUGUGUAUGUGUGUGUGUUUAGUGCAUAUAUCAAGAUGUGCGAGUCAAUAAUUAAACAGUAUAACUAUCUGUAAUUAAUUUUAAAAUAAUAAUAAUAACUUGAAAUUAUAAAAGACGGAAAAAGAAGUAACAAACCAAAAUCAACUAAAACCAACACUGAGACGCGAGAGGCGAGCAACAAAAUGCAAUUGUGGAUAACUUUGACAUUUGUCUGGCUUUUGGUUGCCGCCAUCAGCUGCAGCAAUGCCAGGGUAGAGGCUCAGGCUCAGGCACCGCCAUCGGCAUCGGCAUCGACAGCGACAGCGACUGCAACUACUGCGACUAGUCUACCCGCUGUGCAAAAGUUUCGCAUUACCCCACACGAUCUGCAAAUACUUGAGGGUACGGACACUCUAUUACGUUGUGAGGUUGCCUCGCGUUCGGGUAAGGUACAAUGGACUAAAGAUGGUUUUGCAUUGGGAUUCUCGGCGGUUAUACCCGGAUUUCCACGCUAUUCCGUGCUUGUGGAUGCUAAGCAUGGCAUUUACAACCUUCAAAUCAAGAAUGCCACUCUUGAGGAUGAUGCUGAGUAUCAAUGUCAGGUGGGUCCUGCAGCUGGUAAUCCAGCCAUCAGAGCAAACGCCAAAUUGAGUAUAGUGGCCGCUCCCAGCACCAUUAUGAUUGAGGGCUAUGCACGUAAUGCCAAAGUAGAGGUGGUAGAGAAACAGAAUCUAACUCUGAAAUGCAUAGCAGAAAAUGCCAAUCCGGCAGCGGAAAUAGUCUGGUAUCAGGGCGAUGUGCCAGUUGAUAUAGUGCCCUUGGUGUCGAUCAAUCAAACGGCGGCCAAAAGAUUCACCACAAGUUCGAUAUUGCAUUUACAACCACAUUCAGAGGAUGACUACAGGGAAUAUUCGUGUGAGGCACGUCAUAAGGCUUUGCCACCAGAUGUGCCCAUGCGGGCACAAGUUCAACUCUCUGUCCUAUACCCACCUGGUCCACCAUUUUUUGAGGGUUACAGUCAGGGUGAAACUGUGCGCCGUGGCCAACAAAUGGCUAUCGCUUGCCGCAGUCGUGGUGGCAAUCCACCAGCUCAGUUGAUUUGGUAUCGCAAUGGUGUGGCCAUUAAUUCACCGCAACGCACUUCGGGCCGUCUAUCGGAGAAUGUAUAUAAAUUUACCGCCUCAUCGGAGGAUAAUGGUGCCAAUUUGGUUUGUGAAGCGAAAAAUUUGCUUUCGACUACGCCCUUGAGAGCCGAACUCAAUUUAACAGUGUUAUAUGCCCCCAAAGAUGUAUACCUGAGUGGUGCCACUCAGGCUAAAGUUGGAGAUUCUGUGCAACUGAGUUGUGUUACUGCCCCAUCGAAUCCUGCUGCCAGUAUAACCUGGACAUUGAAUGGUCGUCCCUUUAACAAUAGCAGCUAUAAGACUACAUCCAGCACAGAUGGUGGAUGGGUCAGUAGUUCCAAUAUAUCAUUUAGCAUCGAUACCCAGAGUCGCACCUUUUUAGCUGUUUGUCAUGCGCUCAAUAAAGAGUUGACACAAAAUGUCAUAGGAUCCCAUACAGUUAAUGUUCUAUAUCCUCCCUCACCACCUUUGGUGACUGGUUAUAAUGAUGGAGAUAUUCUAGUCUCUGGCUCCAUACUUAAACUUCAAUGUAGCUCAGCGGGUGGCAAUCCUCCACCUUCCCUGCAGUGGUAUAAAAAUGACAAACGCUUGAAUGCCGCCUCGAAAGUGUUGGAUAAUAAGAUCAUUUCAGAAUUAUCACUACUGAUUAAUGCCUCUGACAACAAUGCGAUAUACAAGUGUGAAGUACAGAAUGCCGCCAUUGAUAUACCACUAUUUGCCACCAAAACUUUGGGAGUUCAUUUCCCCCCAGAAACGGUAAAAAUCAGUGUGCUCCCACGUAAUCUGGUGCCUGGCUUACGAGCCAAACUUAUCUGUGACUCUAGCUCCAGCAAUCCGCCAGCUAAAAUCAGUUGGUGGAAGGAUGGCAUUCCCGUGGAAGGUGUCAAUUUGGCCAACAAACCAGGUCUCUGGGGUGGUUCGGUAUCUACACUGGAAAUGUCUGUGAAUAUAACUCAAGAUCUUGAUGGCAUUGUCUACACUUGCCAGAGUCAUAAUGAAGUCUUGCAACGCAGCGUCCAUGAGACCAUCAGCUUAGACAUUCUCUAUCCACCCAAAUUUGAGGCAAGUCAGUCAACCAGUUUUAUGGGCAUUGAGGGUUCUCCUUUGCAAGUGGAACUUGUGGCCAACGGCAAUCCCAUGAUAAUAACCUAUACCUGGACUAAAGAUGGUUUACCCAUCAGCAAAGAUCCGCUUAGUGGUCAGCGUUUGAUUUCGGAUGGUUCUAGACUUAAUAUCAGUAAACUCAACCGCAAUGAUGCUGGAGUCUAUUUGUGUGAAGCUAGUAACAGUCAGGGCAGUGCAUUGAUAGAGAUUCAAAUAAUGGUUGAAUAUGCUCCAACCAUUACGUCAGUUAGUGAAGGACAAAGCUUCAUGGCUGGUGAACAGGCCGUUUUGGCCUGUCAUAUUCAGGCGCGACCUUUAGAGGCUUCUUAUGUCAGAUGGUCCAGGGAGGGCUAUGAUCUCGCCUCGCGUACUGUAGCGAGUUUUGAGAAUGGAACUGCCUAUCUGCAGAUUGAAAAUGUGCAACGUAGUGAUAUUGGUAAUUUCACUUGCAUCGUAGAUAAUCAUCGAGGAGCCGUUGCUGCUCACAAUGUCCUUCUGGUGGUGCAAACUGCUCCUGAAAUUGAGCAUUCACCGAGUUUCACACGUUUUGCUGCUCGUCCUGGCGUGCGUGCCCAGCUUAUAUGCCGCGCCUUGGCUUCACCGCAACCGAGUUUCAUUUGGCGACGUCAUGGCAAGGAUCUGAAGAUGCAACGUAGACAGAAAUUCAAGAGUAUAGAACGACAGGUAGAUGCCCUGAUCUAUGAGUCUGCCCUACUGAUUGAGAAUACUGCUGCCGAUGACUAUGGCCAUUAUGAGUGUGUGGUGCGUAAUAAUCUGGGACAAGCUAGUGCCACUUUAGAAUUCAGUAAGCCGACACGUCCGGAUGUUCCCCUUCAGCUGAGAGUGGGCAAUGUGAGUGAUACGGGUGUGGAGUUAAUGUGGAUUCCCGGUUUCGAUGGCGGCAUGCAGGUUUACUAUCGCCUACGGUUCCGUCAACAUGGCGAUGGUGAUAAAUAUAAGUAUGUUGAUGCCAAGCCAGGACAUCAGAAUAUGACUUUGGAUGGCCUUAAACCGGGUGCCACCUAUUAUUUCUCUGUGAUGGCUGCCAAUGAGGCAGGUGGCAGUAAAUUUAUACCCGACAUCAAAUUAACUAUGGGCAAAGGAUCGCAACCUCACUCAGCGGAGUAUACAGAGAAGGAUGAAUUGCCCAAUGUAAUGAUAAUUGGCAUUACCUCGGCUGCCAUGGUCCUGCUAGUACUUAAUGCCGCUCUGGUGGCUUGGUUUGUCAUCAGACGUCAGAAUAAGUCCCAAGGUGAAACCGAACCCAGCAACGAUGAUGUCUACUCCAAGGAUGACAAUCAAUCUGUUUAUAAGCUACCCAUCACUGCAUUGCAGGCGGAUGUCCAAAAGAAGACAGCCGCCUCCACAUAUCUUGUGGAGAAUGUUGACAUCAUACAAUCGACUGCGUAUCCACCUAAAUAUCAAGAGAGUUCCAUGUGUACACCUCCCUAUCCGUUAUGUAAUCCUGACUUUACUCGCACUCUACCCAAUCCGAAGCGUCAUAGUCAGCGUAAUAGUGCCACAGGCUUAAUUGAGGGCAUGCCAAUGCGUUCAAAAGAUGAUCAUAUGUUGAUCUCGAAUGGUCUCUAUAUACCAUCACCAUCGCCUGCCUCAUCUUUGGUAAUCAAAGGCAGUUACAUAUCCUCGCCAUCGCCAGCGCCCCCAGCUGAUGGUUCUUAUUUCAAUAUGAGUGACAAAUACAUGUCCUAUCCGCCGGUGACUUACUAGGCCGUCAACCGUGCAACAACAUUUGCGUUCUUCAAAGACAAACCACAGCAG